UAUAUCGAUUGGUUAAACAAUGUGACAGUCACGUGACACUCGCAGCAAGGUCGAGCAGGGACUGCGCUGCUUGACAUUUUGGACACCGCCACAUGUGAAGAACGUGCUUUACGGUGAGAAUGAGACAGUCGGGUGCAGACAGACCACCGUACCUCCACCCUGCAGAGACUAACAGCUGUUGUCUCACUGUUGUCAUGUAGAGUAGCGCCAAAGCGUUGUAAACACAGCUAGGUUAGGUUCAACUGAGCUAGCUAUAAGCUCACCACCGGUAAACAUGGGUUCUGCUCCUAAUCAUGGUACCGUUCCAGAGACGGGACUGUCCAAAAAAGUCUCUGCUGUGUCGCUUGCCGGACACGUCCAGCAGCUCGUCAGCCAUGUGAGGUUAGAAAACCUGGUGGCGGGACUGAGCGGAGGAGUGGUGUCAACACUGGUGCUUCACCCUCUGGACCUGGUCAAGAUCCGGUUUGCAGUGAGUGACGGGUUGGAUUUAAGACCUAAGUACAGUGGAAUAUUGCACUGUAUGAAGAGUGUCUGGCAGCAGGAGGGACUGAGAGGACUUUAUCAAGGAGUAACACCCAAUGUUUGGGGUGCUGGAGCAUCCUGGGGUCUCUACUUUUUUUUCUACAAUGCAAUCAAAGCGUACAUAAAGGAAGGCCGUCAGACUGAGCUGAGCGCCACUGAACACAUGGUGUCCGCAGCCCAAGCAGGCGUCCUAACACUCACCCUGACCAACCCCAUCUGGGUGACCAAGACCCGGCUGGUGCUGCAGUACAAUUCUGACCAAAGCAGUAAACAGUACAAGGGAAUGAUGGAUGCACUGGUCAAAAUCUACCGCCACGAGGGAGUGCCUGGACUGUACAAGGGUUAUGUUCCCGGCCUGCUUGGUACAUCUCACGGAGCGAUGCAGUUCAUGGCCUAUGAAGAGCUUAAAAGGGAGUACAACAAAUACAGGAAAGCGCCUUCGGACGCAAAGCUGAAUGCAUUGGAAUAUAUCGCAAUGGCAGCCUUAUCUAAAAUAUUUGCUGUGGCGACAACAUACCCAUAUCAGGUGGUGCGAGCUCGACUGCAAGACCAGCACAAUAUAUACAAUGGUGUUAUUGACGUCGUCAGACGGACAUGGAGGAACGAAGGCGCCAUUGGUUUCUACAAAGGCAUGAUCCCCAACUUGAUUCGUGUCACACCCGCCUGCUGCAUCACUUUUGUAGUUUAUGAGAAUGUGUCUCGUUUUCUUAUGGGCCAAAGUAAAUGAGGUCUAAGAGAAAGGAAUGGACUCUAAGGACACACGACAUGCUGGAUACAGGAAGAAAAGCAUCAAGACUGAAACCAGUUUAUCUCAGUAACUGGACGGUGCUCCGUGCAUGUGAAUGUGAGAAGCGUUCAUUUGUACUGAGAAUGGAUGAAAAAGUUGCCAAACUGAGCAGCAGAAUCAGUGGUGGAUUAUUUUUCUACGCAUUGUCAGUGAUCAUGUUCACGUCAAUUUCAUUCUUUGAAUUUUGGGCAAAAGUAUGUCGCGCUACAUCCCAAAGGAUGUAUUAUUGCUGUGAUUGUACCCUCUUUUUUUUUUCUUUUUUUUUUAACUGAUGUGUACGUCAGUGAUUCAGGGGAGGCGUAUCAAAGCUAUGUUUACAUUUGAUAUGUUCUGGCAGAGGAAAAGAAAACAUGAUGAACUUUAAAGUGCUGCAUAUCAACAGCAAAUGAGAGAUCUAAACGUGCUCAGGUUUCCAGUUGCAUGCAUGAGUGAUAUAAGUUUGUCGUUUUUAAAUUAUUGCUUUUUUUUGUUGUUUUUUUUAAACAAACCUCAACAGUGUAGAUUCAUCCUACAGUCGACAAGGUUAUUUUUGUUUCCUGGCAAAAAACUAUAUUGAUAUUGCUUUAUAACCACAUUUUGUCAUAAAAUCUGAACUGUGCUUUUGUCUGAAUUGUCUCACAUUUGUAAAUACAUUAAAU